AUGGACAAGACGGCGAGUACACUAAGCGCGAGGAGCAAGAGAAGGAGCUGCCAGGAAGGUACGAAGAGGAACACCACCAAGAGGCUCGGGAGCAUCCCCAAGGAGAAGAAGGACCACCCCAAGGCCACGCGGACCAAGACGGAGUGCAACAGCAGCAACACUGGAAGGCCCAGGCGACCUCGUGCGCACGGGCCCCCGAGACCCCGUGCCCAUGGACUAUCCAGAGAGUUGGCGCUGGGGCACCCCGUGCGCACGGGCCUGUACCGUGCCCAUGGGACCCCCGUGCGCACGGGCCCAACUUACCCCAUUUGUCGUCGUUGUAAGGGAAGAGGACAUUUUGCGAGAGAAUGCAAAUCUCAGCGUGUAAUGAUUGCUACUGAGAAUGGUGGGUAUGAGUCCGCUAAUGAUUCUGAAAAUGAGACGCAAUACAUGGCUCCUGAAGACGCUGACAGGUAUGAAUGUUUAGUUGCUCAACGUGUUUUGAGUGUGCAGGUCACACAAGCAGAGCAAAAUCAGAGGCAUAAUUUGUUCCAUACAAAGGGAGUUGUGAAGGAACGUUCUGUUCGCGUCAUCAUAGAUGGAGGGAGCUGUAACAACUUGGCUAGCAUGGAGAUGGUGGAGAAGCUAUCUCUCACCACAAGACCACAUCCACAUCCUUACUACAUCCAAUGGUUCAACAACAGCGACAAGGUUAAGGUAACACGUACUGUUCGUGUGCAUUUUAGUAUCUCUACAUAUGCUGAUUAUGUUGAUUGUGAUGUGGUACCCAUGCAAGCAUGUUCCUUAUUACUAGGUAGACCAUGGCAAUUUGAUAAAAAUUCUUUCGCUGACGUCUUUCCACAAGACGUGCCACCGGGAUUACCACCUAUUCGAGGGAUUGAGCAUCAAAUUGACUUAAUUCCCGGUGCAUCGCUACCCAACCGUGCACCAUACCGUACCAAUCCAGAGGAGACGAAGGAGAUUAUGCGUCAAGUACAGGAGCUGCUCGACAAAGGUUAUAUACGCGAAUCUCUUAGUCCUUGUGCUGUUCCUAUUAUACUAGUGCCUAAAAAGGAUGGUACGUCGCGUAUGUUAUCUUUUCUUGGCUAUGUUGUUACUCCACAGGGAAUUGAAGUUGAUAAAGCCAAGAUUGAAGCUAUUGAGAGUUGGCCGCAGCCAAAAACGGUCACACAAGUGCGGAGUUUUCUUGGACUCGCUGGUUUCUAUAGGCGUUUUAUGAGAGAUUUUAGCACCAUUGCUGCACCUCUCAACGAGCUUACAAAGAAGGAUGUGCCUUUUGUUUGGGGUACCGCACAGGAAGAAGCCUUCACGGUAUUGAAAGAUAAGUUGACACAUGCUCCUUUACUCCAACUUCCUGAUUUUAAUAAGACUUUUGAGCUUGAAUGUGAUGCUAGUGGAAUUGGAUUAGGAGGUGUGUUAUUACAAGAUGGCAAACCUGUUGCAUACUUUUCUGAAAAAUUGAGUGGGCCUAGUCUGAAUUAUUCUACUUAUGAUAAAGAACUAUAUGCUCUUGUUCGGACUUUAGAAACAUGGCAACAUUAUUUAUGGCCCAAAGAAUUUGUUAUACAUUCUGAUCAUGAAUCUUUGAAACAUAUUAAAAGUCAAGCUAAACUGAAUCGUAGACAUGCUAAAUGGGUUGAAUUCAUUGAAACUUUCCCUUAUGUCAUUAAACACAAGAAGGGUAAAGAAAAUGUUAUUGCUGAUGCAUUGUCUCGAAGAUUCUGGAACAAGUUUGUCGUUAAUGAUGGAUUUGUGUUCCGUGCUAACAAGCUAUGCAUUCCAGCUAGCUCUAUUCGUCUUUUGUUGUUGCAGGAGGCGCAUGGAGGAGGAUUAAUGGGACACUUUGGCGUGAAGAAGACGGAGGACGUACUUGCUACACAUUUCUUUUGGCCAAAGAUGAGACGGGAUGUUGAGCGUUUUGUUGCUCGUUGCACUACAUGUCAAAAAGCUAAGUCACGACUCAAUCCUCAUGGUUUAUAUAUGCCUUUGCCUAUACCUAGUGUUCCUUGGGAGGAUAUAUCUAUGGGCUUUGUUUUAGGUUUACCUCGAACAAAGAAGGGGAGGAAUAGCAUAUUUGUUGUCGUGGAUAGGUUCUCGAAAAUGGCACACUUUAUACCAUGUCAUAAAAGCGAUGAUGCUGUUAAUGUUGCUGAUUUGUUCUUUCGUGAAAUUAUUCGCUUGCAUGGUGUGCCAACUACUAUUGUUUCAGAUCGUGAUACUAAAUUUCUUAGCCACUUUUGGAGAUGUUUAUGGGCUAAGUUGGGGACUAAACUGCUUUUUAGUACUACUUGUCACCCCCAAACUGAUGGACAAACCGAAGUAGUCAAUAGAACAUUGUCUACUAUGCUUAGGGAUGUUUUGAAGAAUAAUAAGAAAAUGUGGGAAGAAUGCUUGCCUCAUAUUGAGUUUGCUUAUAAUCGUUCAUUGCAUUCUACUACUAAGAUGUGCCCUUUUGAAAUUGUGUAUGGUUUCCUACCUCGUGCACCUAUUGAUUUGUUGCCUCUUCCUCUUGUUUGGUUACAUUUGCGUAAGGAUAGAUUUCCUGAUUUGCGCAAAUCAAAGCUAAUGCCACGUGCUGAUGGUCCUUUUAAGGUGUUAGAGAAAAUAAAUGAUAAUGCAUAUAAACUUGCGCCCGAUCUGGCGCCGUCCGCCGCCGCUGGGCCUCGCCUACACCACGCGUCGCCGGCGCUGCCGGCUGUCCGCCCAAACGCCUCCCUCUCCUCUGCCGUUUCUCUCUUUGCCUGCUGCCGUCGUCCGUCCGACCGGCCGCCGCGCCACACGUGCCGCCCGCCGAAGCAUGCUCUCACGCCGGCGACCUGCGCCGCCCCACCGCCGGCCCUCCUGGACGCCACCUUCACCACCGCUCCUCAUAUCCGCCGCCGCACCGGUUCGUCGCCCGCCGGAGCAUGCUCUCACGCCGGCGACCUGCGCCGCCCCACCGCCGGCCCUCCUCGACACCACCUUCACCGUCGCUCCUCCUAUCCGCCGCCGCCCCACGCACGCCGUCAGCACACACCUCUAGCCGGCGGCCUCUCCUUACGCGUGUGUCGCGGGUCGACGCCUGCCGCUUCUCUGUGGUCUCGCCUGAUAUCCCUGUCAGACGCGGGGGAGGAGGACGAGGUAGCCGCAGAGAGGUCACCCCGCCUGCUACCGGAUCUGCUAAUGGGCAUCGUGCGGCGCAUCGACGUCGGCACCAAGCAGUGCCUCCUGCUCCGAAUGCGUGAGGCAAACCGCUCCGAAUCGUGCAGUGAUAUUUUGUUCUAA